GCCCCCGCAGCAGCAACAGCAUCGGCUCGUCUUCAGGUUCAAGGGGGAGCGCCAAGUUAUUCAUCAUCUACGGUGCCGACAAGGGGAAGAACAUCAGGAAUGUCGGAGUCACCGGACCUGAAUGACGCGCCUACUCAUUUCAGCUUGGUACGCUCCUUUGCGAAGGCAUGGGAGAACCUCCUCGCCGCCUCGUCGGCCUACUUUCUGUACAUGAACGGAGAAGUGGAGCAGAUUAGCCUGACCGGAGAUUUCAGCAUUUUCGCGUGGCUGCAUGACAACUUUGCGAGCUCCUACCACUUGCCCACCAUCGAGGCCUGGGAGACGAGUAAGGUUUUUACUUUUUACUCGCUGUUGCUUUUUUUUCCAUUGCGAUAAUUUCCUUCCUCUCCAGAAAUUAUUAUGUGCUGGUUGUGGUGCUGCUGUCAUGCGACAUACAAAGGCCCAGCGAUAGCGAAUACUAGAUCGAUGUACCCGCAGCUACACUGCCCCCUGCUUGACCCACUGAAAAAAACCCCUUCAUCUCCACACACCAGACCGCAACGCUGCAGUUCUCGGCUUACAGCUUUCGCUACUUUGGGUACACGAGUCGGUGGCAUCAAUGGGCGGUCGCGCGUCCCGACUUCGCGGAGUGGGAACUUGACGCGCUGGAGCAGGGCAAAAUGUUGUCCCAAGCGGAACGGGAGUCCGCAGAGCUGGUGGACGUCGAAUUGACGUCACCCGUGGAAGAAGUUCUUGUACCACCUGGCAACCAAAGCCCGUCGCGUUUCCCCCCUGGUGAAGCUGCUCCACACGACCAGGAGGGUAGUUCUCGUGCGAACCCAGCAAGAAAUAGCAGGUUCCUCCGGUACAAGAGCGACCGGGAAUUUGGGAAGUUUCGUUACCUCCUGAACGAGGCUACUGUGCUGGAAAACCUGGACGAGAGCUACGCCGCUCGCGUUGGAAACCGCCUCUGGGAAGAGUAUGGCAACCGGGCGGGGAGGAGCCGCAGUCAGGGAGCCAACGACCGCAUGAUCGAAAUUUUGCUGGAUUUGUUCGGCCGUGGUACAACAAUGUCGCAAGGGGGAACGCAACAUGGUGCGCCCAGCAGAGAGCUGCACAUCGACCACGACCACCUUCCGAGAGAAAAGCAAAAGAUCAGCUAUGUGGAGUUUGGGUUCGAGACCGGGUCGCUCGAAGACAGCAAGCAGGCGAACACGCUGCGGCUGUGGGCGAAGCGGAAGAAAGGACUGCUGCUGGAUGCGAGGAGCGAGAACAAGACGAUCAAUCUGCACCAGCACUACAUUGACAGCAAGAACAUCGCGAGGAUUUUUGAGCAGCACGGGGUGCCGCUGGAGUUUGAUUUCCUAUCCAUCGACGUAGAUUCCUACGACCUCUUUCUCCUCGAGGCAAUUUUGAAAGCGGGCUUUCGCCCGACAGUGAUAUCAACCGAGUACAACCCCAACUACCCGGUCGAUUUGUCGAUCGCGCACGUGGAUCCAGCGUUGAUUGUUACUCCAGGGCAGAAAGAAGAUCGUGCCAAGAGUACUGGAAAAAGUGGCACUGAAGCAGGCGCGUCCGAAGCGGAUGAUGAAAAAGCGAACACUCCACCAAACGGUCCCGCAGGAGAAGUCGCAGCUCUACAUGCAGAAGGCCGGCAGAGCGUUCCGCUGCCCAAAAUUUCUCCGAUCCACCUGGUCGCGACGGAGCGUCUUCGCAGGUUGAACGGGCUCGCUCCAAUUGACGACUUGGACGACGGCAAGCGGUUUCGCUUCGGCGACUGUAGUUUGGGCAGCAGCGCCUCCGCGCUUCGUGUGGUUGCGGAAAGAUUUGGCUACGUGCUAGUCGGGAUCAUUCGCCACUUGGACUUGUUCUGGCUGCGCAAGGACGUGCUGGACCGUGUGAGAUCCGCCGCUUGCGGAGUAGAGCAGCGUCUUGAGUUUUCGCAAGAAUCACACAAUAAGGACAUCAGCAAAACAACUUCUGACACGGGUGGCCGCGAGGGGUCCACCUCCGUCGUUUCGGCACUGCAUGCUGAAACAAUCCAGAUACGACAGCGAGUCUGCGACUCGUACUUCCGAGUUCCGCCGUUCGAAUACUUUUUUGUCGACCUCUACGCGACGCAGCAAGAAUACCAGCUUCUCCACGCCUGGCCAGCUUACCACCUAGCACUAUCGCCCCUGCGGCGGGAGCUAGUGGACUUAAGGACGUUCGAGGCCACAGGCAACGCGACAACGGCACACGCCGUCGCGAAAAACAAGUUGCGAAUGAGAGAUCAAAUCCUGUGUUUCAAAGACGUGUAUCCGGCACUCUGAGGCGUGAACCAAUGCGUGUGCUCUGUUAGUCUGUAAUUCUGCUAGCACAUAAGUAUUUGGAUUUGCGCAUGAUGAU